AUGGACUCCUGUUUUUACACCCUUUGUACAGUAUAUACUCAAUAUCUAAAAUUGUUCAGAUCGAAGAAAAGAAAACGAAAACAUUCUGAAGAUAGAACGUCAGAUCAUGAUGACCAACAAUCAGAUUCGACAAACAAUUCAAGUGCUGCAUCAGGGGAUGAUGAAGGACCAGAAGCAAAACGGAAGAAUGACAAGGAAUUUGUGAUAGACAUUAAACCUUUGACUGAAUAUAUUGAUGAUAGAAAGGAAUUGAAUAAUGAACUUUUUAAGAUAUUAGAAAGAAAACAAAUGAAAAAGUUGAUGCCAAAAUCUGUUAAGGUUAGUGAUAUGUGAGGGGAAACAUCAGGAUUAUGGUCAUCUCAUUCGAUAGAACUAAGGCCAAUGAAAAUUGAUAUCAUGUUUCUCGUCCGGUCGUCCCCGCCCGCAUGGGUUUUAUCUGCCGCACGAAAAUUUUUCAUUAUUAUUGUUGAAAAAUAGGCUUAACAAAACACCAAAUUGAUCUCCAGAUCAAAGUCUUAUUGCUGCAUUCUGCAGCGCAACUCAAAUUGUAUCUUUCUAAAGACAUUACUCACCAGAAUGCCUCUAUUUUUCAUGUCAGCCCUGGUAUGCGUAGAAGUAUACUGCAGAGUAGGACGUAUUAGAUUAAAAUGAAUUAUACACCGAUUUACUUCAGAUUUUUAUGGGUCAAGGAAAUUAUUGACAAGCAGAAUUCAAAUACAAAAAAUAAUGAAAAAUGAAAAAAUCCCGCUCCAAAUUUUUGAAAAUUGUGGACGAGAAACAUGAUAUCAAUUUUCAUUGGCCUAAUAUGCAAUUUCAGCUACAGACUAAAUUUCGAUCUAGGCAAGAAGAACAAAAUCCAUCACCACACAGCUAGAAAGAGCAUGUUAAAAUUAGUAAAAUUGCAAAGUUUGGCCGCGAAAUAUUUGUAUUAAUUUGUAUUACGCGCGGGAAAAUGCGCCACAUUUGCGCCGAAAGUGGUGCAAAUUCCCGUGCGUAAUACAAAUUAAUAUAAAAUUUGCAAAUUUCGCAGGGCUAUAUUUUCCGCGUUAUACCAUAUUUCGCGGCCAAACUUUGUAAUUUUACUCAUUUUAACAUAUUCUUUCUAGCUGUUGUGAUGGAUUUUCUUCUUGCCUAGAUCAUAAUUUAGUCUAUGGCUGGAAUCAUCCAUUGUUCAAGGGAUUUGUAGAUGCUGGGGGAUAUUUACCCGUACAUUGUACAUUGGCAUCACCUUACGUAGUAUUUAUAUAUGAACUUGUGGUUAGAGCUCGAUAACUGUGUCUCUGUAGCUCAGUUGGUCAGAGCAAUGCACCAGAAUCACAGGGCCACAGGUUUGAUUUCUGGUGUUUAACUUUUUCACAAUCAAUACUUAUUUUCAAUUUGAUCCAGAAAUUGGACGUGGACGAAUUAAAAUCUCGCUGCUUGGAUCAACUUGAAAUAAUUUCCAAGAAAAGGUUACUGAGAAUAAUUGAAGGGCAAGAAAUGAAUUCGUCUUCAUCUGAAAGUGGACACGACGCUGCAAAUGUUGUGUCUGCAAUGGAGGUUGUUCAAGAAAGUUCUGUCGUGGAAGCAAGUCAACCAGCACCAGAUACUCGCGAGGUAGGUAGACCGGCAACAUCAGUAUUACCAAAACCGUGAAUCCUUCCUCCCGCUCGAAAAAAAAUGUGCGAUGUUUUCGUGUCAAAACAUCCAGAAAUAUGUGACCGCGUUCCUAAUAUCCUUGGGAAUGGCGAUGUCUGUUUGGUGCACAAAAAAUUGUAUUGACAUAGUUAAAAAUAGUUCACAUUUUAACAAAUAGGUGUAGGAAUGUAGUCGCCUUCCUAUUAAAUGUUUUGACAAGAAAACAUGACAUGAGGGAGCAUCCAUGGCAUAGAAAUAUUAGACCUAGAAUGCGUGCUUGGUCACGUGACCGGUAUCCAAAUUGAAAACAAAAAUGCCCUUAUAAAUCCGCCAUGUUGAAUUUGAGCAGGAGUGCAAACUACAAAGUAUAAACAAAGCUAAAACUAUAAAGUUUUCAUCGUCAAAACGUUUUGUAUUUGUAGUUUGGGGAUAGAAUUUGAAAUAUUAAGUUCUUUAAAGGCUCAAAGCAAAUGUACUGUUACAAAAACGGUGAAAAUCGUGCAGCCUUGUAAAAACAAAGUAGUUUCGCAUAUAAAAUAUAAUUUACUCAUAAAACAUUUUUGCAUGCUCUAAACGUAACUGUGUUGCUAAUAUUUUAUGAAAUUACGAAAUGAUAGUUCAUUCUUCGUCCGGUUUCGUUUUUCUUCAAUCUAAACGAAGUGUUUUCAUGUUUUUGAAACAAAAAUAUUUAGAUGUCGAUAAAGUGUAAAUCGCCUAUUAAAUAAUCGUCGAAAACUAUGGUUUCAAAAGUAAAGCGUUGCCUCAAGCUCAAGCAAUGUAUAGAAAAAAAUAAAAAGUAGUUGUGUAAGUUUAAAAAGAUUAUUGAACCCCAUUUAUAUUAUAAAACAGUUGAAAUAUAUUUUUUAAAACAUACCCGUAUUGAGUUUGAGUUUGUCUUGAUUUUUCGUGUUUUGUUUUGGCUUGCACAACAACGUUGAAAAUGUAUUUUCAAACAACGAUUUCUGUAUAUAUUCUGUUCCGAACUAUUGCUUUUCGUAAAAAAACCCACGGGAAUGGAUUUCUUUCCUUUAAAAAAGCUUUUUUUCCACUUCAAGUCUCGAUAUAAUUGUUUUUGCAAACUUUGUUGAAAAAAACAAUUCGCGCACUCCUGCAACCGCGCGAAUUUCUUUCCCGCAGGAGUCUAGGACUAGCCAAAAUGCCCUUAUAAAUCCGCCAUUUUGUGGAGACAAAACUUUUACUGAGAAGAGAUAGGAGCACGCAUUCUAUGUCUAUUAUUUCUAUGAUCCAUGGUUUUGGUAGUAUGUGCCACCAAACUAACCAGCUGUCCCAGAAAAGCGAUGUGAGGACUUAAUUAUAUGUUGUAAAUUUAAGGAUGAAUCAGUGAACAUAAUGGAGGAAUUAAGUGUUGGACCGGAUCAGGAUGAAAUUGAUGCACUGAUUGAAGAGCCAGUGAAAAAUGCUGCCCCAGAAGGUAUAUACAAUUGCAAGAUUAUUUUCUCAUGUUUCUUUUAACCCAUUUUCUAUGAAGGUCGUGCGCGGCCAAGAGGCUCUGGGAACGAGGAUGACUGGGAAGGAUUCUGCAACCUCUGCACUCCUCUGAAGGUUCACCUUUGAUUUUUCAGAUAUUAUUUCAGGUCAAGACAAUCCUGGUAAAGCAGUGGACAGUCCAGAAGAUAAGAGUGCAGCGGACACAGAGUCGCAGUUACUGGAACUAGAGUUCAGAGCAAGGGCGUUGAAAUCUCUGAUGCAAGCACGGCAAAGGCAUGAUACGUAG